CACGGUUUCUUCUCAUUACUGGUCCACCUGGAUGUGGCAAAUAUCAAACACUAAGUAUUAUUUGUAGAGAAAUGCACAUAGACAUUCUUGCUUGGGAAGAACCAAUCAGACAUUACAGUGCAACAGAAUGGGAUAUUGACAACCCAACCUACCGUACAGAGAGUAAUCAAAUAGACAGUAACUUCUAUAAUCAUCUUGAAGAAUUCCUGAGAAAGAGCCAGCCGUUUCUGUACCCCUCAAGAUCAAAGAUGAAAAAUUACCUCUUGGUCCUAAAACUACAUUGAGAAAAAUUCUUCUUUUGCAAGAUUAUCCUCCCAUGAUUUUCCAAAAUCUCGAAAGAUGGCACAAUAUCCUCUUAAAGUUUGGCUCAGAGGGAAAAUACCAGCUGUGUUCAUCGUAACCAGUAAUAAAUCUUUCAGCAGUAUGCAGCUUAAACUAUUCCCACAUGACCUUCAAGAAAGACUCAACAUGUCCACUAUUCAUUUUAGUGGCCUUGCAAAUACGUUCGUGCUAAAAGCUCUUCAAAAAAUUGCUUUUAAAUCCCAGAAAGCUACCCCACUAGAAGUGAUUCAAGGUAUAGCUGGUUCCUGCAAUGGUGAUUUGCGCAGUGCGCUAAAUACAAUGAAUUGGAUGAACACAAGAAGCAAUUAUAAUGAAAAGCAACAUUUCUACCCGAAGAAGAGGAAACUGUCAUCUCAGCGAGAGAGGAAUUCUUCAGAAACGGCCUACGUAAGAGAUGGAUCAAUGGAUUUCAUGCAUGCCAUAGGGAAAAUUCUGCAUUCAAAGAGAUUGAGUGAAGUUCAAUGUAAUCCACCUGGUUUACCACCGCAUCUGUCGGACGAAUUUAGAAUGCCACUAAAAGAAAAUGUCAAUGAAUUAACUAGAAAUAUUGGUGACACUUCGUAUAAGGUUCUGUUGUAUUUACACCACAAUUAUCCGGUGUAUUUUAACAGAAUCGAAGAUGUAUCAAAGGCAAUAGGGUAUCUUAGCUCUGUCGACUCACUUGGCAACCAGAUAAUCAACACCAGCGUCAAUGGGAGUACGUGGCGUCCAUUGAGAAAACCGGAUCAUUUCUCAAUUACCCUGAAGCAGCAAGAGUUUCGUGCGGAGAUGCAAGAAAUGAAUGGCAAACAAUGUGGACCUUCUUUUUUUCAGAGACAUGGCCAUUCAUGCGUUUGAUUCGCGAAAGAAUGAAGAUUACGUCUGGGUUGAAUCAGAUACCGCAACAGGAUUACGGUCAUAAAUUAGAAGGUCACCAGUUGCGAAUCAUUCAAACCACUACCCAAGAGUACAAACCAACGGAAUUUGAGGCUCCAGAAUUUUCUGUCAACGAGAACGCCAGAUCGAACUCAGAGGUAGAUACGGGCAUCCUAAUUGAAGAAUACGAGGAUUAGGAAAACCAUAACAUAACGCCCAUGUAAGUAGGGUAUUUUUCUUGUUCUAGAAAUGGGAACACUAUCCCUGUUAUGAAUCAAGCAUACUUUCCGAUGGAAAUAAAAACGGCAAGGAAUGUAAGA